AUGGUGAUAGAUCUUUUCCUGUAUUUGUUGAUACUGGUUGCAGUCAGAAUACCAGACUCUCUCUUUUUGUACAGAAUCUACAUGAAGCAUGGGACCCCAGUUAAAAUGAUGGAGAGUUACAUUGCAGUCCUUACAAAGGGGGUCUGCCAAAGUGAAGAAAAUGGAUCUUUUCUCAGCAAAGAUUUUGAUGCUCGGAAGGCUUAUCUUGCUGGUUCCAUCAAAGAUAUAGUAUCUCAGUUUGGAAUGGAAACAGUUAUCCUUUAUACCGCACUGAUGUUAAAGAAAAGAAUUGUAGUAUAUCAUCCUAGAGUAGAAGCAAUCCAGGAGUUUACCAGGACUCUACCUGCUUUAGUCUGGCAUCGACAAGACUGGUCAAUUCUUCAUUCGUAUGUACAUCUAAAUGAAGACGAAAUAGAAGCCUUAAAAGCCUGCACAG